AUGAGACAAUGGUUGAUGUUAGUGUUGUUGGUUAUGUCGUGUGUUGUCUGGGUGAUGGACGUAUUCACAUUGCUUCCAGAUAACACUAGCGGAGCCGUCACAGUGCAGGAGUGUAGAGCAAAUAAUCGCGCACUACCUCUAUUUGCUCCGAUCGGUGCCGUUGCAAUUGUUCACAUUAGUUUCAAAACACCGAAAUUUUGUCUCUGCUUUGGUAAUUAA